AUGUCCUCUUGGGCGCUGUUGUCCCGUUAUAAACUGUCUCCACGACCCUGUACCAUCAUCCAGGGAUGAGACGGAGGAGGAAACAAAACAAAGUUCUUAUCUUGCGAUAUUCAUAAUAUUUACCACAGGGAUCUGGAAGCUGAUUUUUACCGAAAUGUGGCGGAUUUUCAUCCUUUUUCUGGCAGGAGUCAUCCCUCCUCCAGGCUCAGGCCUCCAUGUGAUGGUGAGAGAUGAGAAGAGGUACGCUACUCUGUUCCAGUCAGUGGUUCUGCCUUGCCAGUACACCAGUGUUUCCACUCAGCCCGCUAUGGUGAAGUGGAUCUACAAGUCGUACUGCCGGGACCGCACGAGGGACUCGUUCAGCCUCCCCGACAGCUUGGGCGCAGGCAGGCUGCAGAGCGGAAGCGGAGGGGUCGGCGGCGGCGGCUACGAGGCGGGCUCUACUGCGAGCCACCUCGACUGCUCUGACAGCAGGAGGACCGUCAGGACCGUGGCCUCCAUAUCCGGGUCCUCGGUCACGCUCUCAGAGUACUACAAGAACAGAGAUGUUACCAUCAUCAACACGGCAGAUCUGCGUAUCGGAGAGGUCCAGUGGGGAGACAGCGGUGUGUACUUCUGCCAAGUGACCAUAGCUGAUGACAUAGAAGGACAGAAUGAAGCUUCGGUGGAGCUGCUGGUUCUUGGUUUCUCAGGUGUGCCUGAAGAUCUCCUGCCUGAUAUUGAUUUGAAGAUUAUGCCAGAGUGGGCGUUUGUGGUGGCCGUGGCGCUCGGCAGUGUGUUGUUCCUGCUCCUGGUUGGAGUUUGCUGGUGUCAGUGCUGUCCCCACUCCUGCUGCUGCUACGUCAGCUGCUGGUGCUGCCCCGACACGUGCUGCUGCCCCCGACACCUGUAUGAAGCGGGUAAAGGCAUAAAGACUGGCGCCUCCACCCCUCAAACACCAGCCUACCCUCCAUACUUUGUGUCUGGACUUCCAGCCAUGAUCCCCAUCGCUCCGCCCUCCCUGGUGGACAAGGUGUCGACCGUCGCUCCCUCAGAUGGGACUCUGGUGGCAGCAGUAUCUCCGAUGCCCGUGCAAGCUGUAGGGAUUCCCUACCGCGUACCUUCACCACAGGAUCAAAACUCGCUCAGGGUGCUGCAGUAUGUAGAGAAACAGCUGGCUCACUUCAACCCUUCUGGGUCCAACAGCAAACAGUCCUGUAAUCAGUCGGAGUUGAGCUCCCUCCACGAAGGAGACACCAACUUCCACCAAACUUUCAGGAAUGUCCAGAAGAAAGCUCUGCCCACCAUCCCUGAUCAAGACUCCAGCCCGGAACCACACGGCUACCGUGAGAACCGCAGUCCAGACCUGCAGCGCCACCAUAAGAACCCCUCAUCACCUCAUCGCUACCGUCACGACCCUGACUCAGACCACCUUGACAGCCAGGACGAGCCUCUGCUUCCACGGCGAUACAGCGACGACCUGCCGUCUUCCUCUCAGUCGCACAGGAUUGGUCGAAGUCAGAGGCAGCAGAACUCGAGUGAUGAAGACAAACACGGCAGGUGGAACCCUCGUUCAGAACAUCUGCAGAGGAAGACGUAUCACUCUUCGGGACGGACCGUCUCUCUGGAUGAGCUGGAGGAGUUUGCUACCACCUACAAGAAGAGAGGAGGCAGAGGGGCAGAACGGAGAGAAGAAGAAAUGGUGGAGUAUGAGAUGGAGGUGAUGGAGUACGGUGGAUAUCCCUCCCAUCGCAAAGGUCCUCCUCAGCAUUAUUACAGCAACGGGGACGAGCUUGACGACAACAGUGAGCAUGAAGGGCAUACCAGAGCAAACCAUAAAAGCAAACACAACAUAAGCCCUCUACCUUCUCCCAAAAAAAGGGGGAUCACACGGGAGAGGGAGAGGGCCGAGCCGCCUCCCCCCAAAACGGAUCCACCGUCGACUUCCUCUCAGGAAAGGGACUACGAUGCCACUUUCCUGAACAGCCUGUUGGAGCGUAAAGCGAAGCUGCGAGGAGUUUCCCAGGGGAGAAACGAGGCCCGGUCUGAGGAAGAUUUAGACUGGCCCUCAAUAAGGAGCGGCAAAAAAACCAGCAGAGAGUCCAGUCGCCUCUGCAGCCGCUCUCCCAGUAACAGGCCAGAGGUGGAUUCGCUGUCUCCGUCCGACUCAGAGAGAGCCAGAACUGAAAGACCGUCUCCGCGGCCGCCCCAAGCAAACGCCCGCUCCCCUCCGCCUCUUCAUUCCCUGCCCGCUCACAGAGAGGAGCACAGGGACCGGUCCCGGAAAGUGGUCAGGUUCAGAUGCUACCAGAAUGAAAACUAGAGCACGCUUCUCAGCCGAGACUCUCUUAUCGUCUGACCGACUUGGAGCCAAAGACCAGAGAAAGAACGGAGCCGAGCGAGAGUGCAACUGCGAAACCCCCACGAGGAGCCAGCCGUCAGCUGAAAAACGAUGGCGGAGCAAACUUUGAGUUUGAGUUUUCCAACCUAUAUGCAAAGGUCAGCUGCCAAGGAGGAUCCUAAGAACAGCUGGAUCAGUAAAGAUACAAGGGUGACAGUAACUCUGUGAUAUCACUUAGUGAUGAAGUCACUGGCUGUGUCAUGCAUAUCUCCGCCGGACCAGCGCUAAUGUCAGCGGGACGUGUAGCCUGGGCCGCUCCUCUCAGCAGGAUGCAGUCCGUCUCCUCUUCGUCACUUUAGGAAAGCGCUGCAGCAGACACUUGCUAACUCUUCAAGCACAAUGAGUGCAUUCAUUUCUAUCUAAUGAGACAUGGGAGUAGAAGAGGCCACCAGUGGAAUAGAUAAAAACGACAACACGCUCAUUGUAAACAACACCCCCAACCCCUUCACACCCCAUCACUGCAUCAGAAAACAAUGUGCAUGAUGUCACUUAUUAACAUUUAACAACUAAAGCACUUAGGUUUGAAAGAGAUAUUUGACAGAUACUUAUUUGAUUUUUUUACUUAAAGCUAAAAGUUGUGACAAACAUCAGCACCGUUAUAAAUGUUUUAUUAAUAAUGAAGAUUGAAAUGACAUUCAUUUACAGCACUGGGCAAAUCUCUCGUUUCUUUGUAUUUUCCUUUAAAAGGAGCCAAACCUCAUCUCAAAGUAUUACAGCAUCUUUCUGUUGCUCCACUGACUGAAGUCCAGGUUUUCUGCUACUGUUCAUUAUUUAUUAUCAUAACAAUGAAAUGUGUACUAUGUCAUUAAAGGUAUUUUUUUUUAUCUAAACCUAAGUUAAAUUGCAUAAUUCAUCUUCACAAAAUCCAAGAUCCAUAAAAAAAUUAAUGGAAUAAUCACUGUAACCAAAAAUAACAUUACCCUGAACAUACCCAGGUAACAGUAAUGAGUUAUGAGCAGCUAAUAUCCAAAUUAAAGCUGAAAACUCUUUACUAAACAAAUUAGUUGUUUCCCUGGGAAGCAAAAUAUAAAGAAAAAAACAGGUUUGCAUCGUGCUGUGCCUUUCUACUAACACGUCUUAUGCUUGACAUUACAUUGAAGUGAAAAUAGAAGAAGUAACUGGAGAUGCAAGAUUGUUCUGACACAACUGUCAUAAUAUUACACAAAAGCAUAAAUCAUUUCAAGUUAAAACGUUGGCUGUGCUCUUAGGAUUUCUGUGCUUUACAGUGCUCUCAGUAUUUUUUGUAAGAGGAAUUUUUCUGUGUAUUUAAAAAUGUAUUAAUGGAAUAAACCAGAAGCAAAAGAUCAAAUGAUUUUAUUGAAAGGAAAAAGAUAUUUAAACCAACUUAGCCCUCUUGAAAAAUUUGUUCAACCGCUUUGGAAAGGUUUUGAUUCUGAGCGACCCAUUAAAGUCACACUGCCGGUAUAAUGUUCGGUAUUCACACCAUCCAGACGUUAGAAGAUGCUUCUGCCCUGAAAAUCUCCCAUGGAAGCUAUUUUUGAUUAAUGAAUCAUUAAACUGAAACGACUGAGGUUUUCAGUGCUUUAGAUGUUCUGGAUUCUUUCAUGACCUCCUGAACGAGUCACUGAUUCGUUCUCGAAGGAACAUUUGUAGACCGGCCACUUCAGGGAAGAAUCGCCGCUGUACUAUGUUUUCUCAAUUUGUGGAUAAUGGCCCUCACUUUGGUUAAUUGCUGUCCAAACACAACAAAAUUGCUUUGUAACCUUUUACAGACAAACAGAGGUCAAGAACUGUGUUUUUCAUCUGUUCCAAAUUUUUCUUUUCGAUUGGGAGAUGAUGUGUUCAUGUUGACUUUUACUGUGUUUCAUGAUUCUGUGGGUCCCGCACUUUUCAGCUCUAGGUUUGGCAAAGGAAAUUAAAUGUAGCUUUUCAAAGAAUGUGGAUAGUCACAGUGCAUUCUUUGUUUUAAUAAGGUGGGGAAGGACACAAUUAGCCUCAAAGGGACAAGUUGGUUUGGAUAGCCUUUUUUUUUUCUUCAAAACAAAAUUAUAAUUUGAAAAGAGCAUGUUGUCUUUACUCAGGGUAUGUUUCUUUGAUAUUAUUUUUUUUACUGAUUUGAAACUUCAAGUGUGGAAAAAGUGAGAAAGGAGAAAUCUAUAAGGAGACAAAUGCUUUCUUCUCAGAACCUCAUAUUACUGCGGUUGUUUUUAAUCAUGUGGCACAUAGGGAUUAGCAAAGUAUUUCACAAAUGAAGGUAUGGCUUAACUUCGCUGACUGACCUCUGACCCUCUGUUUUAAUUGCCUGUUCUAUUUCUGUUUUUGCAGUAAAGUAUGAAAAUGUUACUUCUAAAUCCGUUUUUUUUUAUUUAUGAAUGUUCUGUUCAUUUGAUUUUAAAAGAUAAUGUUUGUGUUUUUCA